CCUCUUCAGCGGCACCGGCUGCGUCAAGCGACCCUACAAAAUGGUGCUACGAGAGGAUGCCGUUCCAGUCGUCCAACCUGCCCGCAGAGUACCCAUAGCAUUGAAAGGACGCCUGCGACAAGAACUCCAAAGAAUGGAAAAGGCCUCAAUCAUCGUCAAGGUGGAUGAACCAACCGAUUGGUUUGUACCUGGGAAGGACCUGUUACUCGCAGACAUGCUGUCCCGGGCCGCACUACCAACUGGCGGAAGUGACCAAGUCGAGGACGUGGACGUGCACACAACGCAAGUAGUCUCCAGCAUCAUAAGCAAAGCGACUAUGGUGCGACUACAAAAGGAUACCCUUGAAGAUCCGCUUCUCAGCCGCACUAUGAAACAAAUGGAAGAUGGCAUGGCAAUAGACGGCGUACUGAAGCCGUAUGCGGAAGAGCUAUCCGUGGUCAAUGGAGUGAUUCUCAAGGGUUGCAAAGUGGUUGUGCCUAAAUCAAUGCGUCCGGAAAUUCUUGAGCGUAUUCACGAAGGCCACUUGGGUAUGAACAAGUGUAAGGCUAGAGCUCGUAGAUUGGUUUUCUGGCCGGAAAUGAGCAGUGACAUUGAACAACGAGGGCGAACUUGUAGCGUAUGUCGAAAGUACGCCUACAGCCAACCGAGUGAACCCCUCCUGCUACAGCCAACGCCCGACCGACCGUGGCAUCGCGUAGGAAUAGACCUAUUUACAUUCGCUGGAGAUCACUACGUUGUUGUGUUUGAUGCCCAUUCUAACUUUCCAGAUGUCGAGAAACUGAGAGGUACCACGGCGGUGGAAGUAAUCGACAAGAUAUCUGCUAUCUUCUCUCGAUACGGCAUUCCCAGUCAAGUUUGCACCGACAACGGGCCUCAAUUUGCAUCGCGAGAGUUCGCGUUGUUCGUACGCCGGUAUGACUUCGAGCAUAUCACGUCAAGUCCCGAGUUCCCACGGUCAAAUGGCUUAGCCGAAAAGGGUGUGCAGAUCGUGAAGCGUAUUCUAAAGAAAACCCACGAGUCCCGAGGUGAUGUAUGGCUCGGUCUGUUGGCGUAUCGAUCUUCUCCUCUUGACAGCGGUCAAUUACCCGGAGACUACUGCAAGGUCGCCGCCUGCACGCAACACUUCCUGAAUACAAUGUCGACGGAGGGAUCCCCGUAUUGA